UGCAUAUGAUUUGCAUGUGGCGCGGCAGUCCGCGGCCAUGGCGGCGCAGCCCCGGCACGGCGGCCCCCCGCGGGGUAGGGCCGGGGCCCUGCGCGGCGGCGACAAGCAGUGCUCAUGGGCCUCCUACAUGACCAACUCCCCAACGCUGAUUGUGAUGAUUGGGCUCCCUGCCCGGGGCAAGACCUAUGUGUCCAAGAAGCUCACCCGCUACCUCAACUGGAUUGGGGUACCCACCAAAGUGUUUAAUUUAGGAGUGUAUCGCCGGGAAGCUGUCAAGUCUUACAAGUCCUAUGAGUUCUUCAGGCAUGACAACAAAGAAGCCAUGGAAAUCCGCAAGCGCUGUGCCUUGGUGGCUCUACAGGAUGUGAAGUCUUACCUGCUGGAGGAGUGUGGGCAAAUAGCUGUGUUUGAUGCGACCAACACCACUCGAGAAAGACGGGACCUGAUCUUGAGCUUUGCUAAAGAGAAUGCAUUCAAGGUGUUCUUCGUGGAGUCUGUGUGUGACGAUCCAGAGGUCAUUGCUGCCAAUAUCCUGGAGGUGAAGGUUUCCAGCCCUGACUACCCAGAGAGAAACAGGGAGAACGUGAUGGAUGAUUUCCUGAAGAGGAUAGAGUGCUACAAGGUCACUUACCAGCCUCUUGAUCCCGAUGUGUAUGACAAAGAUCUUUCCUUCAUUAAAGUGAUCAAUGUGGGACAACGGUUCCUAGUAAACAGAGUCCAGGAUUACAUCCAGAGUAAAAUCGUCUAUUACCUAAUGAACAUUCAUGUCCAGCCACGUACCAUCUACCUUUGCCGACAUGGUGAGAGUGACUAUAACCUUGUUGGCAAGAUUGGUGGGGACUCUGGCCUGUCACCACGUGGGAAGCAGUUUGCUCAGGCACUGAAGAAGUUCAUUGAGGAGCAGGACAUUGUUGAUCUGAAGGUGUGGACGAGUCAGCUGAAGAGGACAAUCCAGACAGCUGAGUCCCUGGGGGUCACCUAUGAGCAGUGGAAGAUUCUCAAUGAGAUUGAUGCUGGGGUCUGUGAAGAAAUGACCUAUGCAGAGAUUGAAGCCAAGUUCCCAGAUGAGUUUGCCUUGAGGGAUCAGGAGAAGUACCUUUACCGCUAUCCUGGAGGGGAGUCCUACCAGGACUUGGUCCAACGCUUGGAGCCAGUAAUUAUGGAGCUGGAGAGGCAAGGCAACGUCCUGGUUAUCUCCCACCAGGCAGUUAUGAGGUGCCUGUUGGCUUAUUUUCUUGACAAGAAUGCAGAUGAGCUGCCCUACCUGCGCUGUCCCCUCCACACCAUUCUGAAGCUCACACCUGUUGCCUAUGGUUGUAAAGUGGAGACAAUAACCCUGAAUGUGGAAGCAGUGAACACCCACAGGGACAAACCCUCUCUCAACUCUAGCAAGCUUGCCACCAGCCAAAGCCCUGUAAGGAUGAGGAGGAACAGCUUCACGCCGCGGGCCAGCGUGGACGUGGUUAAGCGCCCACGGCAUUACAGCCUGGGGAGCAAACCUCUUGACCUGCUGGGAUCUUUCCCAUCCCUGGAAGCUCAAGAUGGAGCUGACCAGCCACAGCUGCAAGUUGGUGUCCAGCCUCAUGGGGGAAAUGGUUGCCUGUGAGUGUGGCUGAGAGCAGCUUGUGUGUGCUCCCCUGGGCUCUGUAGGCAUGGCUGGUUUAAUGGUAUAGAAUUUGGCUUCAUCUUGGAUCUGUCUGGCAUCUCCAUGGCUGGGAAGAGCCCUGCAGAUGGAACCAGAGCAUCCCUGGAGCACCACAAGCCCUGCACCGCUUUGGCCAGUUCUCCUCUGACCUGUGUUGUUUCUGAGUCUUGUCUGUGUCUUCUCUUUCUGAGUGCUGGGUUGUCUUGUCAGUGAGAUCAGAGAGCACUGCUGAGGGAGAGCUUUCAACCCGUUUGUAAAAGCUGAAGUCAGCCCUGACCUUUCCAGCAACGUCUCACAUCUUUUCCUCCUGCUUAGGUGGCAAGAAUGAAGUGUGCUGUGUGUGAGGGCUCAGUGCUCACAUCCAUGCUCACUGAAGAAGCUUUUCCUUGGAAAAACCUGUCACCAGACCAAAUCCCUAACAUUUCCUCACCCAUUAAGCAUUUCCAAGUUCAAACACAGUUCUUGUCUUGGUCCACCGUGGAAAGAGCUCCAGCUGUCGUUUCAUUUUGCUCUCAUGACUCUGGAUCUGAACCCACCUCACUCUGAGCCUCUUCCUCUGCUCUCCCUUUUGGCCCGGGAGUGAACAGCACAAAGCAUCGUCAGCAAAAUCCUGCAGGCUCUCUCUGCAGUGGGGAGCAAUAAGCAACUCUCACUCCCUGGAAACAGCUCAGCUACCAGAGCUCUCCAAUCUGAGCUCAAGUCCUGGUUUAGUUUUGCUCUCUUGAUCUCAGCCUCACCCUCCCACUCGUUUAGUUUCGUUUCAGGGCUUUGUGGAUGCUUUUGUUUUCCUCUGGGACACCAGAGCCUGGCUCUGCUGGGGUGUCUGGGAACAGCAGGGCUGCUUGGGGAGGUUGGAAAGGAAGCACAAGCUCUGUUUUUUGGGUCGAUUUUUAAGGUCUCAGUUGUCUUUUUAACGUCCCAAACGUUUAGGCUCACCACAAAGCCUUUUUAUUUCUCUUUUUAUUGUUAACCUAUACCUAAGAUUAAGCUGUGAAUGUUUCCCUGAUGUGUGAUGCUGCCUUAAAUUUAGACUUGCAGCUGCUUUAGUGUGUCCAGUGCAUGGAAGCUCCCUGUUGGAGCAGCUCAAGUGAAGGCUCCGUGUUCCUUAACUCCACUCCCUGUUCCCCAAGGUGGUGGUGAUGGGGGGGAAGCAAUCCCCCAAAUUUACUCCCCAGGGAAUCUGACUUGACUCUUGCCAAACUCCACUUUGCCACACUCCUGUUGUUCAUUGCACUAAGGGCAGGAUCCUCAGGUUGGGUGAAGAAUGAAGCAUUUUAGGUCCAAAGCUGUUCUGGAUCUAGGGGAAGGUGUGGGGGAAGCAGUACCCCAAAUUUACCUUUUUCUUCCCCAAAUCUCAACUUCAUCCUUUUGCCAGGCUCCAUUUGGCCUCACUCCUGAUGUUUGUUGCACUAAGGGCAGGAUCCUCAGGUUGGGUGAAGAAUGAAGCAUUUUAGGUCCAAAGCUGUUCUGGAUCUAGGGGAAGGUGUGGGGGAAGCAGUCCCCCAAAUUUACCCUUUUCUUCCCCAAAUCUCCACUUACCCUUUUGCCAGGCUCCAUUUGGCCUCACUCCUGAUGUUUGUUGCAUUAAGGGCAGGAUCCUCAGGCUGGGUGAAGAGCAGAGCAUUUGUAGGUCUGGAGCAGGAGGCUGUUCUGGCCCUGCUAUGACUCCAGGAUCAAUGUCAGCAACUCCUGGGACCCAGGCUGCUUGUUUUGAACGUGUAAAGAGUUGGAGGAUGAGCUUGGGAAAUGUGCCCUUGGCUGUGAAGCAGCUCAGCAGCUCCCCCACAGCCUGAGCCUUAUCUGAGGGUUCUGAGCUCAAACCUGUUUGUUUAAACACCCUCCAGAGCUUUAAUUUGAUGAAGGUGAGGUAGGAGCCAUGGUGAAGGCUCAGGCACUAAUCCUGACCCCUGAGAAUUCCCCAGCAGCAGAAGCUUGUGUUGAUCUAAAGUGAUUGCACCACCCAGGGAGGAUGUUUCAGGGGGUGAGAAACUGACUUUUGUGAGUGCUGUCAUCGAGCUGUUCCCAUGGGGUUUGCUGCAGCCCUCCAAGAGCAGCACACUCCAGACUUCAGCUUGAAAUGCUGCAGGGCUUAGAAAUAUGGGGGAAGGGAGUUGGGAGGAAGAGGAUUUGGAGCCUGGGGAAGAAAAGGAGUUGGGAGGAAGAGGAUUUGGAGCCUGGGGAAGAAAAGGAGUUGGAAGGAAGAGGAUUUAGAGCCUGGGGAAGAAAAGGAGUUGGGAGGAAGAGGAUUUAGAGCCUGGGGAAGAAAAGGAGUUGGAAGGAAGAGGAUUUGGAGCCUGGGGAAGAAAAGGAGUUGGAAGGAAGAGGAUUUAGAGCCUGGGGAAGAAAAGGAGUUGGGAGGAAGAGGAUUUGGAGCCUGGGGAAGAAAAGGAGUUGGGAGGAAGAGGAUUUGGAGCCUGGGGAAGAAAAGGAGUUGGGAGGAAGAGGAUUUGGAGCCUGGGGAAGAAAAGGAGUUGGGAGGAAGAGGAUUUAGAGCCUGGGGGAGAAAAGGAGUUGGGAGGAAGAGGAUUUGGAGCCUGGGGAAGAAAAGGAGUUGGAAGGAAGAGGAUUUAGAGCCUGGGGAAGAAAAGGAGUUGGGAGGAAGAGGAUUUAGAGCCUGGGGAAGAAAAGGAGUUGGGAGGAAGAGGAUUUAGAGCCUGGGGAAGAAAAGGCGUUGGGAGGAAGAGGAUUUAGAGCCUGGGGGAGAAAAGGAGUUGGGAGGAAGAGGAUUUAGAGCCUGGGGGAGAAAAGGAGUUGGGAGGAAGAGGAUUUAGAGCCUGGGGGAGAAAAAGGCGUUGGGAGGAAGAGGAUUUAGAGCCUGGGGAAGAAAAGGCGUUGGGAGGAAGAGGAUUUAGAGCCUGUUGGGUGGGGAACGCUCAUUGUCAGCUCUCUAGGAACGCUCUAAACGCACAAACCCACCUCAGAUUUGGCUGCUCAAGCUGAGAGAGCCUCCUGCUCUGCCGGGAACAAGGAGGAGGAACCUUACUGUAGGAUGUUUACGCACAAUAGAUGCUAUAAGAAGCCAUUCAGGGGUUCAUUUUUGUCUGUGUCGUUGAGUAAUGGUCGUAAGGAGGAGGAGGAGGGGAAAGAAAUUGUCUCCUUUUACUUGCCAGGCUUCGUGAAUGUAGCUGCUUUGGGUGGCAGCUGUUAACUACUUGGGGUUUAUUUAAUCACUCCUAAACAGAAUCAGGUCUGCCAGUUUUGGGGCUCACUGAUUCUGGGGUCUUUGUUCUUUUCCAGGGGGUCUGUGGGCUGCUUUGGGGGGGGGGGGUUGUAGGAUGGAGCCUCUAGGCUGUCUCUGCAGACAGCAGCAUUUGUGCCUCAGUGCUUUAAUGAAAGCCUAAUCCCAGCCUUUGCCUCUUGCAUUUUCACUUCCCAAAGUGGUGUUUUCAAAUCCCUGUAUCUGGGGCAGAGCAGCAGCAGCAGCAGAGCUGUGACCAUGACCCCACAGGCUUGAUGGGACAGAUCCUGAGAUCCUGCCAGGUGGUGCCAGUAAGCCCCAAAGGUCCUGCCAGCUCCAAACAGGCUGGUGGGUGCCUCUGCCAGGUGUUUCCUUCAAAUCACCUGCUUUCCUUGGCAGCCUUUGUGCAAACAAUAAGCAAGGAUUAAAGGUUCCUGUCAGUGGUACCAGAGCUGCUGCCCUGGGCUGGGCAGGCAGAGGAGAGGUGAAUUUGGAGGUGAGGAUGUGGGCUCGGUGCCUUCUGUCAGCCUUGCACCACUGGGGGAGGUGUUCCUGUGGUUCCCCUCAUUUGUCAUCAGCAAAAGGUGCUGGGGGCAGCUGUCAGCUGGCACUGCAGCGUGGCAGGGUCACCCCUGGGCACCUGCAUUGGUGUCCUGUGUUGUGGCAGGGUCACCCCUGGGCACCUGCAUUGGUGUCCUGUGUUGUGGCAGGGUCCCCCCUGGGCACCUGCAUUGGUGUCCUGCAGCGUGGCAGGGUCACCCCUGGGCACCUGCAUUGGUGUCCUGUGUUGUGGCAGGGUCACCCCUGGGCACCUGCAUUGGUGUCCUGUGUUGUGGCAGGGUCCCCCCUGGGCACCUGCAUUGGUGUCCUGCAGCGUGGCAGGGUCACCCCUGGGCACCUGCAUUGGUGUCCUGCAGCGUGGCAGGGUCACCCCUGGGCACCUGCAUUGGUGUCCUGUGUUGUGGCAGGGUCCCCCCUGGGCACCUGCAUUGGUGUCCUGUGUUGUGGCAGGGUCCCCCCUGGGCACCUGCAUUGGUGUCCUGUGUUGUGGCAGGGUCCCCCCUGGGCACCUGCAUUGGUGUCCUGUGUUGUGGCAGGGUCCCCCCUGGGCACCUGCAUUGGUGUCCUGUGUUGUGGCAGGGUUCCCCCUGGGCACCUGCAUUGGUGUCCACAAGCUGUGCCCCCCAUCAGUGUUAAUUAGGUUGUUUUAGAGGCGGGGGGUGGGGGAAGAUCACUCAGACCAAAGCAACUCCAUCCCCCACGGGGAAAAUUGGGCAAGUGAGGGCAGGGAAGAAGGCUUCAACCAGGCUGAGCAGCUUGAGUUUGUGUGCCCUGGCUGCGACCUGCCAGCUGCCACCUCUCUGACCAGUGUCCCCUCGCCAGCAGCUCAGGCAGGGGGUGAUGGAGGAAGCUCAGCCCAGGGGGGGGAAGCUUUGGGAAGAGAGACAUCAGCCCAGCGCUUGCAGGAGCUACCUUCUCAGCCUGGGGGUAGGUCCCAAACCCUCCUCCUGAGCUGCUCCAAAGGCUGCUGUGUGAGCUGUGGUGGUGCUGCCAGCUCUGCUGCUGCUGCUCUGCCUCCCAAGGCUGCUUGCCAGCUGCAGCUCUGUGUUCAGUGAGGUGGCUCUGGGAUGUUUCUUUGGGGGUUGUUUCUGGGCAACGUUGCUGCUUCCUAAUGGGUUCCUCUUAGGCGUAACAGAACGCAGUGUGUGCAAACUCAGUGCCCUGUGCGUUGUGCGCUCUCUGCUCCUCGCUGUAAAUACCCCCCCGGGGCUUUCUUUACAAUAAAGGAGGUUUAAAAGAUA